CCAGUAAUCUUUCCCUGAGAAACACCUCCCUGAGCGGAGGAGGAAGAACUCCUCUUGGAUAAUGAUAUAUAAAGAAAGACAGAGCAUGCCCUCGUCCCUCCAGAGCUCCAGUCAUCAUCCUGUCACUCCAUCAGACAGAGGAACUCAAUCACAGCUGUCAGUAUGGUGGGUCUGAAGCCGUCUGAUGUUCCUCCUCCUCUGGGUGUGAAGGUUCUCAGCGCAGGAACGGCUGCCUGCAUCGCUGAUUUAGUCACCUUCCCUCUGGACACCGCAAAAGUGCGGCUACAGAUCCAGGGGGAGAAAGCAGUGACGGGCGCAGCUAAAGGCAUCCGGUACAGAGGGGUGUUUGGGACCAUCAGCACCAUGGUAAGAACGGAGGGCCCACGCUCGCUCUACAACGGCUUAGUCGCUGGCCUUCAGAGACAGAUGGCCUUCGCCUCCAUACGAAUCGGCCUCUACGACAACGUCAAGAGCUUCUACACACGCGGCAAAGACAACCCCAACGUGGGCAUCAGGAUCCUGGCGGGCUGCACCACCGGAGCGCUGGCCGUGUCUGUGGCUCAGCCCACAGAUGUGGUGAAGGUGCGUUUCCAGGCCCAGAUGAACCUGCAGGGGGUGGGCAGACGCUACAGCGGCACCAUGCAGGCCUACAGACAGAUCUUCCAGCACGAGGGGCUCCGGGGCUUGUGGAAAGGAACUCUACCCAACAUCACGAGGAACGCGCUGGUCAACUGCACUGAACUGGUGUCCUACGAUCUCAUCAAGGAAGCCCUUCUCAAACAUAAACUCAUGUCAGACAAUCUUCCGUGUCAUUUCGUGUCUGCGUUCGGAGCGGGUUUCGUCACGACAGUGAUCGCGUCUCCUGUGGAUGUGGUGAAGACGCGCUACAUGAACUCUCCUCCUGAGCAGUACAGGAGCUCCCUCAACUGUGCCUGGACCAUGAUGACCAAAGAGGGUCCCACCGCCUUCUACAAAGGUUUUGUUCCAUCUUUCCUGAGGCUGGGCUCCUGGAACGUGGUGAUGUUCGUGUCAUUCGAGCAGCUCAAGCGGGCCAUGAUGAUGUCCAGGAGCAGAAUCGAGGCCACCACGUAGAUCUUUCACCUCAAAGCCCUGAAAUCCUUUCAAACACACAGACUCGCAUGAGCGGCUGUUUCAAAUUCCUCUGACAGGACGAUGACGAGAACAGGUGUAACUUCCAGUUUCACACUUCCGCUUGGGAAGUUAAACAGGCAACAUUACGGGAUGCAUCUGACAGAAACACCAGAUCCAGAUCAUGACUGUCAUCCUUUCUUUCAGGGUAAACCACUAUAAAAACCACACAAUGAUCACACAAUGCACAAAUCUUCUGAACCUCAGCCCCUUGAUAUAUUAAUGUACAUAAUGUUUAUGUAAUAUUUAUAUUUCCUAAUUUUUUAAGCAAUUGGAGCUUUGUUUAAAGCAACUAUUUACCUUAAUGUCUAUUCAACCCUAAAUAUCCAACAAGUAACCCUGGAAUGACCUAAAAAGUGUUGCCUUAUUACUGGAAACCUAAAAAGACAUAAAGAUAAGCACGUACAGUAUGCUUCAAUAAACACCUUUAUACAA